CCAAAGGCAAGACAACAAGCUUAGCCCCACAACUCUUCUCUCCCUCUUUAAAUUCUGGAUCUGGAUUUUGAGUUCUGAUCCUAACUCUUGAAGCUGAAGAACCUGAGGCUAAUUGAACUCUAACGUGCCAAAAAAAAUUGAGUUGCAUGUUUUGCUGCUUUAAACUUUGUUGAAGACAGAAUUUGCAAUUUCUCUUUGGAAUUUUGGUCUUAAUUUUUUUAGGCCAUCUCGGUCACCAAGGUAAUUGUGAAGAUAAAAUGAGUAUUGUGUAUAGUCAUGCUGUGAAGUACUCUCGAGGGGAGACAAGGAUGAACCCAGAAAUGGAUUCAAAUAUUGGUCAACAUUGUCAUCAACAAAAUUCUGGACUAAUGAGAUACCGUUCUGCCCCAAGCUCAUUGCUCACAAGCCUUGUGAACAACAACAACAACAACAAUGGUUAUGUCAAUGGUGAAUCUUUCAGAAGUGAGCAUAAUCAUCAUCGUCAUCAGCAGCAGCAGCAGCAGCAUUAUCCUCCCUCUACAAGCUCUGAAAUGGAAAACAUGUUGGCCAAGUUGAUUUCUUCCAACAAUUCUGAGCCUUUGCAAAUGAAGGAAGAAGCAGGGGACUCUGUUUCACAACCACCACAACAACACAAUGGUUACUCUUAUGGGUCUUCACCUCAGAUGAUGUACCAAACUCAGCAAAUUCAAGGCUUGCCUAUACCAAAUGGUUCUUUAGGGGCUUCAGGGAGUGCUUUUGAUGGCUCAUUCAGUGCAGUAAAUUCCCUUGCUUCACAGAAUUCCACACAACCUAAAAUGGGUGCUUCCACCAAUUGCAACAAUCUCAUUAGACAAAAGAGUUCUCCUGCUGGUUUUUUCUCCAAUUACUCAGUUGAUAAUGCAGCAUUGAGAGAUGUGGCAAGUUUUAGGGGCUGUGAUGUCUCAAAUGGACAAGCUAUUACAUCCUCUAGUGGAUUGCAUGGUACUUUGAACUUCUCAUCUAGGCCAUCCUCUUGCUCCACCCGGAUGCCACAGAUUGCUGAAAAUGGAAAUGAAGAUGUGGAAGCAAAUUGUGUUGAAAGUAGAAACCUGAGAAAUGACAAUAUCAACAACACUAAAUGUUACAUGCCUAGUUUCACCACUGACUUCUGGGAUGGUUCUGCAUUCAGUGCCUCCAGAACAGCUAGUAACAGUGGUGAAAUCUCAUUUUCCACUUCAAAGGCUAUGGAUAUUCAGGAUGAAGAUUUUGGAUACCAAAAAGUUGGUUUGACCCACCAUUUGAGUCUGCCUGGCUCUUCCAGUAGGAUGGCUACAAUGGAGAAGCUUUAUCAAAUUCAAGGAUCUGUUCCAUGUAAAAUUCGUGCCAAGAGAGGUUUUGCCACUCACCCUAGAAGUAUUGCUGAAAGGGAAAGGAGAACACGAAUUAGCGCAAGAAUCAAGAAAUUGCAAGACCUUUUCCCAAAAUCAGACAAGCAAACAAGCACUGCAGAUAUGUUGGAUUUGGCAGUUGAGUACAUUAAAGACUUGCAGAAACAAGUUAAGAUUCUCAGAGAUACUAGGGCAAAAUGCACUUGUACAAGCAAUCAGAAGCACUGAUUUAUAUAUCCUUGUAGAUAACAAAAAGAAGGAGCAUUUUUUUUUCUUUUCAUGUAUUUAUCCUUUGGUGUACCAAAAUUUUUGGUCAGUGUGAUUAUGUAGAGUAGCGCUGAUAUUUGCUAGUAUCUAAGAAUUUAGGUCCAGGUCCGUGUGAGUCUCUUCAGUUUUGUUUUUCAUUUUCCCUCAUUUGUUUUUUCUUUCUUUCCUUUGCUUGAUUUAAGUAUCACAAUGUAAUAAAAAGUUUAGAAAGAGCCAAUUGUAACUGUUCAUUUUACUCAUAAGAGGUUUGAUGGCAUCACA